AUGUCUAAUAAAUCAUUAUCGUUGCUGGACGUGACAAGAGAACUAGGACAAAUAUAUGAAACUGUUGUAUCACAAAAUUUGAAUGACGAUAACGCUUUAAAGGCCCUUCUAUCUCAGACAACAGAAGCUGCAGCGGAAUUACUGCUUCUCGGGUACCAGGUCGAAAUAAUGGACGGAAGAACGAAACACGUACCAAUAAAAUGGGUCCAAAGCAUUUUUUCAAAAUUGCAGCAAACCCACGGAAAUGUACGCAUAAAAGUAAUAACAGUACUUGGGGUUCAAAGCUCUGGAAAAUCUACUCUACUUAAUACAAUGUUUGGAACCCACUUUGCAGUUGGUUCCGGGCGAUGCACACGUGGGGCGUGUAUGCAGUUAAUAAAAGUUUCAAAACUAGAAUGCCCUAAACAAUGUUUCGCCGAUUACCUUUUAAUUGUUGACACCGAAGGUAUGUUUUCAACUGCAUAUGAGUUAGCUGAAUCAAGCCAGAGAGAACAGGACGAAAGAGUUCUUGCAACGUUUAUUAUUGGCCUCUCAGAUGUUACAAUAUUGAACAUCAUGGGUGAGAACCUAUCCUAUCUAAAGGACGUUCUACAAGUAGCAGUGCAUGCUUUUUUACGAAUGGAUUUAGUUGGACUUAAUCCAAAAUGUCGUUUACUGCACCAUAAUGUAGAUAUAUGUAACGAAAGGAGAUUGUUGGAGCAAGCAUGUGGUCUAGAGAGUGUUUUAGAUAAAUGUACUAAAUUGGCGUGUGAUAUAGAGAAAGUAUCAAAAAAGCGUUUUAAUGAAAUAAUACGUUUUAAUAUCACACAGGAUAUUGAUUAUUUCCCUCCUCUGUUUGAAUAUAUUGAAAGUAUGGAUAUUAUCAGCCGCGGAUACAGCAAAGCUGUAAUGCAGCUUAAAUCGAAACUUUUGUCAGAUGGGGAGCCUGUUAGAACAUUACAAGAAUUAAGUCGUUAUACUGGUAAUCUUUGGAAUGCUGUAAAGACAGACAAUUUUGUAUAUGAAUUUAAAAACGUAUUAGAAACAGAAGCAAGAAUGGUAAUGGAAAAACGAGUAUGUCAGUUACAGUGGAAAAUAAGGGAAGAAUUAAAGAAUAUUCUGACAGAUUAUCUGACUGAACUGUCUAACUGCGACUCAUUACAAGACCUCGAAGAAAUCGAAAAUAGUUACCGAAUGACGUCGAAUACUAUUAUACAAGAACAAACGGAAAAAAAUUGUUUCGAGCUGUUCGAAGGAAUUCCUGAACACGUUCUGCAACACAUGGUUUGGAAACUAAAAGAUUCUUACCAGAAACGUUUGCAGAUGCACAUAAAAGAAUGUAAACGGUUAUGCUUUUCCCAGUUUGAUCGUCAUGUUAGGGUUAGACAAAAAGACCUCGAUAUUUUGUUACGCGACGACACAGCUCUAAAUCAGCUCGAUUUGUUUUUAGACACUCAUUUGAAAGAAGAUCUAGAUGAAAAUGCUGAAACAGACGUAGCAAUAGAAGCAUUAUUUACGAAAUGGCUUGAUCAAAUAUGGACAGACGAUAAUUUCAGUACAAAAAUUGAUUAUGAAGAUGACGCGAUCGACUGCAUAUAUACCCUGUUCGAAAUACACCGGUCAAAGGUUGAUGCAGCACUGAACACGUUCCCUUUAGCAGAAAGAGAUAUAAACACAUUUCUAGACAGAAAUCUCUCGUGUCAUGUGUUGGAGGCAGUUGCUAAAAACUGGCAGACUUUUAAGAAAACAGCUAAUCAACUUGUUGAUGACUUAUUGCAGUUCGUAAAGAACAUAGUAAACCAGAUCAGAAAAAGGGAAAUAACAUAUCAUCCCGGAAUAUUUAAAGACAUAAUUUUACGCACAAGAACCCAUCAAGAUAUAUAUAACUGUAAGUUGCCUAUUAAACCAACCUUUGAAAUAGAAUUGUCAAUAACAAUGUGUUCAGAGUUCAUAUCUCGCGUACAAAGUGUAGAUUUAGAAAUGCCAUUGCAGACGAAUAAGCUAGUGAAAAAUGCAGAACAUUAUUUUAAGACACGAUGUCGCGAAAAAUUAAGAGAAAACAAGACUGCUUCGGAUGCAGUUAAAUGUUUGGUAGGUGUACUUCUACAAGAAAUUUGUAGAUCAAUCAUAAACAAUUUACCUGGAAAUCUUGCGUCCACGCUAAAAGAACAAUAUCGAUGUCUGGAUACAAAACGUACUCUUUUACUGCAUAUUUGGAAACAUUUCUUUGAAAAUGAACACAUGCUCUUGCAAUAUAUUCGUUUUCCUGAGGGAGUGAUUCAAAAGUUUAUUUCUAAUAUAUUCGAUAACUUGUAUCAGAUAGACAAUGUCGAUGUACUUAGUCAGAUGCAAUAUAUCAUCGCUAACAACGUUUCAGAAAAUGUACAGAAAAUCUGCAUGAAAAUACAAGGCAAAGCCAAUGAAAUUUCACAAAAACGAAGAAAAGAUGCAGCGAAUGCGAUGGAGCAGUGUGUUGAAAUUAUAAAAGCAUCCCUUUCUUCGUACAUUGAAAUACAUGAUAUUCAACAAUAUCAGUUUGAUAUAAUCGAAAACAGCGAUCGAGACACUGUUAUCCAACUAUUGCUUGACACGUUAGGUGGGGAGAAUGUAAAAACAAAGCUUUGCAAUAUGGUCAGUAAUUCGGUCAAAGAGUUUGAGUAUUACAAACUGAGAAAUGAAACAGUCCAGAUCCUGAUAGGAGCUUUGCAGGGAUGCACAGAAAAGUGUCCUUUUUGUGGAGAACUGUGCUGCAUUGGGCAGGAAAAUCACGAAGAAAACCAUAGAGUUCUGAUGCAUCGGCCCACAGGAUUUCUAGGAAAUAAGUCUGAACCUGGCAAUAUAUUAGCUUCAUCUAACUGCUGGGAAGAACAAGAAUUUGUUCGAGCAAAUGGCCAGUUGUCCAAGGACAUUGAAAAUUGGUUUAUUUCGUCCGAUGUGUUGGCAGAAGAAAAGAGCUUUUGGAAAUACCUGUUUAUAAGAUAUAAGAAUGAAAUCGCCGCACUUUAUAGCUUAAAAGCUCCAGAUGAAAUGCCGGAAUCAUGGUGCAAACUGAUUAAAGUUAAAGAAAUGGCAAAACUUGAAGAAUUGCUGAAACGUAUCCAGCAGCUAUCAGUUUAA